UCGUGCCCGGCGGGGAUGGGCGGACGAGCUGCCGCUGGAGGAGGGGGCGGCGGCGGCUGGCGCUCAGGUUUCCCGCGGCCUGCGCCUCCCGGGCACGCUGCCGGUGUAGCGUGGCCGGAGGUGGGGGUCUCGCCGCCCCCGCCAGCCUCACCCCGCCGGAGGCUGGCUCCAGCGCCGCGGCCCUGCGCGGGCGCAGGCUGCGGGCGGCUUGGCGGCACCCGCUUUGCCCGCCGAGAGCGAGCGCUCUUUAACACGCAGUGCCUUUUUCCUCGUCCUACGCAGCUGGCUAAAGACCUAGUGCAUCCCUCCCUGGAGGAUGAGAAGAGAAAGCACAAAAAGAAGCGACUCGUGCAGAGCCCAAACUCCUAUUUUAUGGAUGUGAAAUGUCCAGGAUGUUACAAGAUAACCACUGUAUUCAGCCAUGCUCAGACAGUUGUUCUGUGUGUAGGGUGCUCAACUGUCCUGUGUCAGCCUACUGGGGGGAAAGCCAGGCUCACAGAAGGCUGUUCAUUUAGAAGAAAGCAACACUGAACACUUCAGCAUGUGGUUCUGGAUCUGUGUUCCUGAAAGCCUUACCCAUUUAAAAAUGCCUGUUAAUACAAUAUGUAAUUACAAUUAAUUUUGUAAAAAUUAUGUGCUACUGGUGACUAACGAGCUGCAAUCUCUUUUUCAAUAAACGAAGUACAAGUUUCUCCUGCAAGUUUGCAGGCAGCUGAGCUUUAUCUUUAUAAUUUUACUUUAAACUGCCUUGUUAAUUGAGUGGUGUCAUUUAAUGUAAAAACCUUGGACUGGCUGUGUUCUUCCCCUUGUUACUCACCAGCUACAGAAGUGUAAUGCAUAUAGUGACAGCAACUGCUAUAAGAAUGUAUUUUGUAUUCCUUACUACUGCAGCUACCCUAACUGUAAGGACUGCAAAAUCUAGACAGAUUUAAUACUGCUCAUUUGCUUUCAACAUUGCUUUAGUCCCUUUACCAUGUUGAAUAAUGUAGUGAUAAAUAAAAAUAUAAAGUUA